AUGAGCCAGAAAGACAUGCAAACACAGUCUCCUUCAACAAUAAAAACAAAUAAUAAAGUUUAUGUAAAAAAAUCUAGCAAAAUUCGUAGUAUUGUUUCUCGCGGAUUAUAUGUCUUAACUGAACAAGAAUUUGAAAACACAUUCACCAUUGAAGCACAGGGUUUAAGUAUAGGAAAAGCAGUGACGAUCAUUGAAAUCCUAAAGAGGCGAUUAAGAGAUGCAGAACUUCCAUUUUGGCAAUAUAAUCAACUUGAUAAUAUUAAUGUAAGUGUGCCUCAUACAGCCAGUAUGACCAGCAAAGAGUAUUUCCAGAGCCUAUUAGUGUUCUAUGUCUCAAAAAUGUUUUUAGACGUUUUUUGGACCUGGAAAUUGGAUGUGCAAAAGAUUGUGUAAAAAAUAUAAAAACUAAAAUUGUCCCAAUCUUAAGAAUAAAAUUAAGUAGAAUUCCAUUAGACUUAAAAGAUGGAUGGAGAGAACAAUUGAAUAACCAUUCAUCAAAUGAUAGUAAUAUACAACAGAUAAAUUGAUAAUAAGAAACCUAUAGUGUUGA